AGAAUGAUUUAAAUGAAAAUUCGUCAACCAUGAGGAAUUUAGAAGCAAUUUAGAGGAAGCAACAAAAAUGGCUCUUAAACCUGUAGGACCACUUGACAGUUACAACAGCUUGACAGAUGAAUACCUCGUUGAUUAUUUCAACAACAAGCGGAUCCGCAAACACCUACGUCAUAUGGGGCUCAUAACGAGGCGUGGAGAAGUGGUAGAUGAGCCCACUUUCAGGUACCACACAGCGCGUAAAGAACACCGAGCUCAUGUUAAGGAACUAAUGUCCCAGGCUGUUAUCAACAAAACUUUAGAACUUGAGAGAAAUAGGCGUGCGUUCAUUCGUGACAAGUUGAUUGAGAUCAGAAAAAUCGAAACUGUCAACAGAGUCAAGAGAGACCGAGAUGGCCUCCCUGACUACUCCUCAGAAAAAGGAAUUCGACCCAAGAGUGCUCCUUCUAAAGUCAAGGGAUCUGAAGCAGAGUGUAUUGCGGGUGUAGGAAUACCUCCAGGUAGUUCUGUAAAGUGGGUCCCUCUCAUCGUGCCUCCGUACGGCAGUACUCCUUAUCUGGCUGGAGAAAAGCAGACGCCAAAGAAGUGCAAGCCGAAGUGUGCGCCGCGCAGUGCUGACCCCAAAAAACCUCGCUGCGUUCUUGUUAACAACUUCACUGAUGAAGGGUUGUCUGAUAAGUACGGUUCGGAUGUAACUCUCAGCACCGCUGGUUAUCAUGCUCCCCCUAACUCCAAUAUCUACCAGUCCUACAGUACGCCAGAUAUGAACCAGCCGAUGGUGCCAGGGCGGAGUUUACCGGUGCGACCAAAAUCAGCCAUGACUCGGAACAAGCGCAACCACAAUCAAAUUAAAACUCGUCCCAAAUCUGCCAGUUCAAAUGCCAACUCUUCUCCGUAUACCAAUACUUCAACUGUACCCAGCACUUUUCUACAACGCAGACAGAUCCAUUCGAUGUCAAAAAUAACGUUACGAUACCUCGGAAAAUCUCUGGACCUGUCUUCAGGAGUGUUUGGAGACGCUGUCCAGGUCAUGAUUAUGCAACAACAUUGCGGAGGUAACACGGUCUGUGUCUUCCAGAACCUCGUCUCACCCAACGAGUGUUUCACUUUCACCUCCAGAAGACACAGAGACGCUCCUUUCGGGAUUACCAUUUAUCUCGGCAGCAUGAUGGACACGCGGCUAAGUACGUGUUGCGAGUAUAAACACAAACCAGGUCACAUACUCGGAGGAAAGUCCGGACACUUUGCUCUAGUCAGAGUCGAGGGCUGUUUACCUUGCUACAAGUGCUUUGCUCACGUGGACGAAUUUAAGAGGCAACAGACCGCUGCACACUCCAAAUUUCAAGAGGACGUCCACAAAUCCGAUAUCCCCGAAAAGUCAUCAAAAGGUAAAAAGAAGAGGACUUCCCGAAAGAAACAGGGCAGCCACUCCAGUUAUUCAAGCUCUGACAACGAGGAAAAACCAAGCAUUGAGGCAACUAUCACAGUGAAGCAGAGGAAGGACCCGGAGCCGGCUGGAGAACCAUCUUCUACCAAGAUUCCUGAUGACCCCGUGACUAUGGAGCCAGAUGAAAACGACAUCAAGGACUUUGAGAAGCUUGUUGUAAAGACUAAUAAUAUUGAGGAGGAACAUGCUAUAGUGUUACAAUCAUCUGAUACUGAAGAUGAACCUGAACCACUGAAACUUCCUCCCAAGAUAGAGGAAGAUUUGAAGCUUGAAUCUUCGUCUUCAUCGGAGGACGAAAAAGAAGACGAAAAAGCGAAUGAAGAAGGAACGCGUAUAGAUAUAGAAAUUAUAAAGGAAGUCACUGAGAACGGUUACGAUGCUGAAGAAUUCCACAGUGACAACGAUGAGGAGGAUAAAAAGUCAGACAUUUCCGUGGCCAGCACGUUGAGCGUCGAUAGCAUUACAAGCGAGGCUAGUGUCAAAAGUGACGCUAGCAUCAAAAGUGAGGCUAGCGUCAAAAGUGAUGUUAGUACCAAGAGCGAAGCUAGCAUUAAAAGUGAGACAAGCAUCAAAAGCGCAAGCAGCAGUAAGAGUAAUUCUAGCAUUAAGAGUAAUUCCAGCACAAAAAGCGCAAGCAGCAUCAAAAGCAAUACUAGUAAUAAGAGUUACUCCAGCAUUAAAAGUGACGCCACAAUCAAGAGUGAAGGAAGCAUGAAAAGUGAAACCAGCGUAAAGAGUCAUAGUAGCAGUGCCAGUAGCGCUAGUACGAAGAGCUAUAAAUCAGAUUCCAGCAAAAAAAGUGACAGGUCCAUCAGCUCAAAAGGCAGUUCCAGCUCUGUAAAGAGUGAUAGAGACGACUCAAGUUUCAGCUCAAUGAAAAGUGAAGAUUCGAUCAAAGAGCUGGAAGAAGAUAAGCCUAAAAUUGGUGAACCAAGUCAUCUUACCAAGUCAUCUGUUCAAGACCCAGCCCCUACAGAAGAGUCACCUUCAUUGAUAAGUACCUUUGAGCCAACUUUCGAAGUCCCUCCACCAACAGUGACAUUUACCGAAUCUACUCCAGAACCAAAGAGUCCGGCUCCUGAGAUUCUUAGCCCAGCUCCUGAAAUUCCUCCUUUAGCUUUUGAGACUCCUCAAUCAGUUCCUGGACCAGUCACUCCAGUUAAUGAGGAAUCGGUCCCUGAAACGACAAAAGAGCAACCUUCUCCCGCUUCUGAACCAGUGACUCCAGUUAUUGAGGAACCAUCUGAAGUAACAGAAGAAAGUCGUCCUAGUCCUCCUGUUACUCUGGAAAUAACACCAGAACCGGAACCCAAACCUGACUCGACAGGAGUGAAAUCUGUCGAGGAGGUUCCCUUAUCAACAGUAGAAUCAAAAGUAGUUGAAACAGUAGACGAAUCUAAGGUCGAGGAAAAUAACACUAAGGAAGUGUCGUCGCUACUGGUAGACAAAGUUGUAACGAAGGAACAGGACCCAAAACCAGAAGAAGUUGCUCAGCCAAAAGAAGAGGAAGUUCAAGAAACAUUGCACAUGAAAGGAAGGCUAGAUAUAGGUGAAGAAACAUUGCAGAAAGAAGGAAGACUGGAUAUAGGCGAAGAAACAUUGCAGAAAGAAGGAAGGCUGGAUAUAGGUAAAGAAGCUAUUGAAGAAUCUGCUGAUACUGACAGGCGACAGGAUGCCGGUUUUGGGGCACGAGUUCGGUCUAUGAUGGAUGGCAUGAGCUUUAUGAACUCUAUGAGAGCGGCAGUGACGGAAACAUUGGGCACUGAGCUAUCUGAUACAAUUGUUGACUUUCUUGAGAAAUUAACUGGUCCUGAUGAUCAAGAAGAGGAAAAUGAAGGAAGUGAUAACGAAAGUGAAGUUAGUAUUCACAGCAACAAGAGUAACACUUCCGACACCACCACUAGUUCAUAUGUUUCAGAUGCAUCAGCCUCCACCACCCAACUCACGAAGGUCCUUUCACCUACGCACAGUAUUCUCUCUACAGAUAGUAGCAAGAGUAAGGACCCUAACAGACGCAUCCGCUUCUCCGACACGAUUGGGAGUUGGAUAUCUCAGUUAGGAUUUAAGAAGAAAACAACGGAAACAAGCAAGAAAUCUGUAUCUCCAGCAAAUUCAAGGUCGUCAUUGUCUUUCCGACGGAUCUCGUCUCUUGAUAGCAACAGUUCCAGACAUUCCAUUACUGGUCGGGAUUCUUCGACCUCGGUUUCAUCGGCAAAAUCAUCAUCAAAGUCAAAAUCUAUUACUAAGGGGGAAUUUCUAGAUACAGUCUCUGAAGCUGAUCUUCUUUCAAAUUUUGAGUCACAAGAUUGCAUAGCUUCUAUCCAGAAGGGCAAAUCUGACCGACGAUCUUCAAAAUCGAGUGGUAUUCCAUCUUCAUCUCGUUCUCGGAGGAGAUCGUCUAGAUCUGAAAAAAGCGAACCGUUCCACUCCAACUCUAUUUCUCUUCCACAGAAUGUAUCUAAAGAGAGUCUUGAUACGUCUACAGAAUUGUCUAUGACCCCUCAAUUAGACGAAAAACAACCAUCUGCAAUUAGUGAAACAUUUGGAGCAAGCUCAGGAGGUACAAUUUCUACCUUGUUAAGUUCUGAUUUGUUACCAGAUAAAGUGAAGAGUAAUAGUUCAUUUAACAGCUUCAGUUCAAAAUCAUCUAAUUCAACGCUGAUACCACAAGAUAUUUCUAAACAGGACCAACACCCCUCGCAGAGUUUAUUACCAGGUUGUAAAUCUAUAGAAAGACCUAUAAGUGCUAGUGAUGAUGUAGGUCAGAGGUCAUCAAUUUCAGAAGAUACUUUUCCGGUUCGCACUUCUCGCAGAAUGAUGUCAAUCAAUUCAUAUCGAUCCAACUCCAGAGAUUCUACUUUCAUUCCGCAGAAUUUUUCAAAGGAGAUUCCUGGUGCCUCAGAACAAUCUCUUCGAUCUCUAAAGCAGAUGAACAGCAACAAUCCAUGGUCAAUGAAAUAUUUGGAGCAAGCUCAGGAGCUGCACCUUUUACCUUGUUAAGUUCUGAAAUGAUACCAGAUAAAGCGAAGAGUAAUAGUUCAUUUAACAGCUUCAGUUCAAAAUCAUCUAAUUCAACGCUGAUUCCACAAGA